AUCUUUGCAAUUAGUGUUUUUGUAGUUAGUGUCUUUGUAAUUAAUAUCUUUGCAGUUAGUGUUUUGUAGUUAGCGUUAGCGGUUUUUGUGUUACCGGUGUAUAAACGACCUGCAAGUGUCAACAAAUCAAGGACGCUGAAUCAGAGCACGAGUCACAAGCAUCACAAGCAGGAUGGCGCAGUACAAGGGGGCAGCAAGUGAAGCGGGACGGGCCAUGCAGAUCAUGAAGAGAAGGGAGAAAGAGCUGGAGGAGAUGGAGCAGAAGAAAAGAAAGCUCGAGGAAUCGCUGAAAAUCAACAAGAUAGAGAACAAGUUUGCUGUCCAUUAUGAUGCCGUAGAGCAGCAGCUGAAGAGUUCAACAAUUGGUUUAGUAACUCUGAAUGAGAUGAAAGCCAAGCAGGAAGAUGUUGUGAAGGAGAGGGAGAAGGAGCUUGCACGCAAACAGAAGGAGCAAGAAAAAUUGAUGAAGAAGGAAAUUGAAGCAAAACAGGCAAAGAAAAAAGAGCAAAGAGAUAAGAUUGCAAAGCUCAGUUUUUGUCCAGAUGAUGAAGAGGAGGGAGAUGAGGAAGAGGAAGAAAAAGUUGUGGUGUGUAAGACGAGCGUGAGCAAGGGAUUCCGCAUGGCCAAGAACCCAGAUGUGGACACAAGCUUCCUGCCAGACAGGGAAAGGGAGGAUGCUGAGAAUAGAUUACGAGAAGAACUAAGACAGGAAUGGGUAGGUAAACAAGAGGCUAUGAAGAAUGAGGAAAUAGAGAUCACCUUCAGCUACUGGGACGGGUCAGGUCAUAGACGAUCAGUUCGGAUGAAGAAAGGGAACAGCGUGUAUCAGUUUCUACAAAGGGGUCUGGAAAUCUUGCGGAAGGAGUUCAAUGAGCUACGUACUGUCUCAGCUGACCACCUUAUGUAUAUAAAAGAAGAUCUGAUUAUACCUCAUCACUACACAUUUUAUGAUUUCAUUGUUAAUAAAGCUAGAGGUAAGAGUGGACCCUUGUUCCAUUUUGAUGUCCGUGAUGAUAUCAGACUGGUAAGCGAUGCUUCUGUGGAGAAGGAAGAAUCCCAUGCAGGAAAGGUGGUGAUGCGAAGCUGGUAUGAACGUAACAAGCAUAUCUUCCCUGCAAGUAGGUGGGAACCUUAUGACCCACAGAAGAAUUAUGAGAAGUAUACCAUAAAGGACAAGAACAAGAAGAAGUAAAGGAAUAUUGCCAGGCCUUCCAUAGUACAAAUCCUGCUCCUCUUCAAAAACUGCCAGGGAUACAGUACAGGGUAAAGACAUCUUAAGAUACGUCCAACAUAGUAGGACCAGCGCCACUUGUGACCAAUUUAGUUACUUAGAAAAUUUGGUAGAGUGUAAGGUUUUGGCCAGUAUGGGGCUCAAGGUUUUCCUGAAUCUUGGGAAAUCUAGUGGCAGUGCCAAACAUUUGCUUGAACAUUUAUGCUUUAUUCCACUGUAAGGGAAGACAGAGUAUUGUGGCCCAGUUCUGUUUCUGUUCUUGUUCUGCCUUUUUUUUCUUUCAUUCUUUUUUGCAGUUAUUGUUGCCAUUUACAGUACAAGAUAUGCAAAAUAAACAAAAAUCACAAUCAAACUUGUGAUAUAUGAAGGCAAUUAGUUGCAGCCAAUGUAAAUCAGAUUUAUGAUUAAAGAAAUAACUGGAAUUUUGUAUAUAUUGCCAAGCAUUACUUUGAAAAUAAGCAAGUAGGAGAAUAACAAAAGAAGAAUUACUGCAGAUGAUGAUGACAAUUUACUUAAUGUGCAAUGGUUCUUGCUGGUUACAUAUGAUUUAUGUAUGAAGGAAAUUGUUUGUAUUAAGAUGUCUUUUAUAAAUGAAAUAUAGUGACUUUUAACAUUAUUUUAAUACUGUUCAUUAAUAAUGCUGAGACCAUUAGAAUAAAAAUAUGGUAACUUUAUCACUUUACUCUUUAUUUUAUUAUUUAUUUUGAUAGUUAUUAUCAUCAUCAUCAUUCCCAUCAGUACUUUUACACAUAUCAUUCACUAUUGUAAAUAUCAUCAUCAGUACCGUUAAACAUCGUCAUCACCAAUCAUUAUAACUACCUCGUAUUCAUAUUUGUUAAAGGCCUUUAAUUCAUCUUGUGUAUCCAUACUUACAUUACAGCUGACCUUAGAAAUGCAUAUUGCAAAAUAUUCUGCACUACAUGCACUGAAUAGAGUUGUUAUGUAACACCUGGUGGCUGCUAGUUCAGAGUUUAAUCCAUAGAGAAAGGUAGUUUAAGGUAGUGAUAUUCAAGUUGCUCUCUGUCAAAAAAGCAGGUAAAACCUCAUCCAGGCAACUAUAUAGCCUUUUGGUUGCUGUUUUUCUUCUCCUCAGGAUUGGAAGAUGGCCUUAGUAAUAAGGAGGGAAAGUGCCAGAUUUUUUUUUCUUCUGAUUUUUUCAUUUAAGGAAUGAAACAAGAGGUUUGAAGAUAUGGAUUUUAGAUAAGCUCUUCCCACAUAUCCAGAAUCCAUGAGUACCUACAGUAGAUUAAUCUUUGCAUUAUACAAUGUGUCCAUAUUUUAACCCCUAAACUACAAGUUGCCUGAGUUAGAGAUACAUUUACAAGCCAUACCACAAGUUUAUAGUUUUGAAUUUGAUUAUUAUUGUUCUUAACAAGUUCAGUGCUCUUGUUUGCUAAGCAGUCUCUACAUUGUAUCAUACUUUCUGAGAGAGUGAAGGCUAACUUGAAGCUCAUUUAAUAGUGCUGCAUAAUUCUCAGUGGCAUACACAAUAUAUUAAAGUUUAAGGUAUUAUGAUCAUUAUCAUUAUUAUUAUUAUUAUUAUUAUUAUUAUUAUUAUUAUUAUUAUUAUUAUUAUUACAGUUGUUAUUAUGAUUAUGAAUAUAUAAUAUUAUUGAUGAUAAUCAUUUACUAAAGAUGAAUAAAUAUCUCUCCAAGAAAUUAAAUGAUUAUGUAAGGACAUGUUGGCCUUGUAAUUGACUUCUUGGUGAGUAGGCACGUGUGGAGUUGAGAGAAAACCACAGGAAAUGGCUUGCAAUCCCAGCAUCGGGUGGUUAUCAGUUAUCAGUGCUGAUAUUAGUCAGCAAGUUAUGAUAUUUUAUGAUGUCACUGGGUUUGUGAUGGCCAUCCCUCGCACUCUGAAUGGUUAAAAUUUCCACACUUGUUAGAUCAUGAAAUUUGUUGAUACUUAAACAAACUCACACUUGAGUUACCCUAUUGGUUGACACACCAUGAGCCUUUUGCUCUCCUUUUCAACAUUAAAAAAAAAAAAAAAAAAAAAAAAAAAA